AUGAAGGGUAUGUGGGAACGCGCUGGAGAUAAAGAAAGUGUUGACAGUGGAAAUGGUCCAUCAAUGCAUAGUAACGGUUCCGUUGGGAAUGACAGUCAUUUCAUGUCAAUGGAGGACGACUCAAAGGAAGCUACUUCCGCAUCGUCACGCCGGUCCUUUUUGAAGAAGCAAACGUCGUCAUCAUCCAAUUUUGGUACAAAGGAGAGUCGAGCUAUUUCGCUUUUGAAGGGUGCUGUUUUCGUUGUUGUAUUGCUGGCUGUUUCCGCGGUUGCAGCGGCAACAUACGUUAACAUAACAAUGGAAGAAAGAGACAAUUUUGAAGAUGCGUUUGGAGGGAAUGCUGCACAAAUCGUCAGUAUUUCACGUCAGAAAGCCACACAAGUAUUCAGCGCACUGGAUGUUUUGUCCACGAUCAUUUCCUCUGAAGCUGGUGCUUCAAAUACGACUUGGCCCUUGAUCUUCGUACCAGAUUGGUCUAUCCAUGCAGAAAAACUGGGGCGUCUCAUGGGAGAAAAUAUUGAGCUAUCCUUUGCACCCAUUAUUCAGGAAUCAGAGAGAGAAUUAUGGGCAAAUUUCUCACAAGAAACCGCCCCAAGAUGGUAUCGGGAGUCGAUCGAAAACGAAGUGAAAGAUACAACAGUCAAAGAUCUGAUGACAAAGACACUACCCUACAUCUUCUACUAUGAUUUUCGGAAUGGAUUUUCCCCUACCCGUGUUACUAGAAGUGGGGUUACGCUGCCGGUAUGGCUUUCCUAUCCCUUGAUAUCUGAGAACUCCAUUCCUCUUAUGGAGACGAAUUUGGACCUACUUACAACACCAUUCGCAACCAAUCUAUUCAAUGCCCUUAGCGCAACAAAGAGCCCGGUUGUUGGAGUGACUCAAGUACUCACAGAUGCGAAGACUUCUGUCGCCGAAGGGUCCAUCAUGCAACCAGUGUUUGAAAGAGCUGGAGGCAAAACCGAGAAUCAGACUUUGGUUGGCGUUGCAUUGCUAAAGCUGAAAUGGAUUGACUACUUCGAGAAUUUACUGGUCGAAGGCAACAAUGGUAUCGUAAUUGUACUUCGGAGUACCUGUCCCAAUCUCGACAGCAACGGACAAGAAGAAGUGAUUGGGCUGUUGUCGUAUGAAGUGAACGGGCCGAACGUCACGUUUCUAGGAGAGUUUGACGCCCACGAUUCCCAAUAUGAUAAUUUGGAGAUAUCGGAAAGACUAAUUGAUCUUCAAAUCGACAGGACCAAACUGCCACCUGGAAUAUGUGUGCCGACGCUGAACCUUCAACUUUACCCGACCAAAAAUCUCGAAAAGGCAUUCCAAACAAACAAAGCAGCAUAUUUUACAACCGGAGCUGUGCUUGUCUUUGCCUUAACCAGCACUCUCUUUCUGGUAUAUGAUUUCUUUGUGAGACGAAGGCAACGCAAAGUCAUGAAAAGAAUAGCAAGGCAAGAGCUCAUCGUUUCAAAUGUUUUCCCCACAGCCAUUCGAGACCGUCUAUACAACCAACAGCAAGAAAAUGGAAAGGAAGACAAAGACGACGACAGCCAGCAUUCAUUGGAUCCAUUGGGUGUUGAUAAACCGGGUAGCAGGUCUGGAGCGCCAAUUGCAGACCUAUUUCCCAACACAACAAUUGUCUUUGCUGACAUUUCUGGUUUCACUGCGUGGUCAUCUGCAAGAGAACCACAGCAAGUCUUCACCUUGCUCGAGACCAUUUAUGCAACGUUUGACAAAGUAGCCCAUCGGCAUGGAAUUUUUAAACUUGAGACUGUAGGCGAUUCGUAUGUGGCAGUUGCAGGAAUCCCCGAGCCCACUGACCAACACGCGGUGAUUGCAGCAAGAUUUGCUCGAGAUUGCAUGAAGAAGAUGCAAGAGACGGUGCUGAAGUUGGAAGUCACGCUGGGUCCUGACACAGCAGACUUAGAUUUGCGAGUAGGCAUUCACAGUGGUCAAGUCACUGCCGGUGUAUUAAGAGGUGAACGAAGCCGCUUCCAGCUUUUCGGUGACACUAUGAACACGGCAUCGCGAAUGGAAAGUAGCGGACUGCCUGGUCGUAUCCAGCUAACUAAGGAAACCGCAGACUUGCUAAAUGAAGGAGGACUAUCCGCAUGGGUAGUACCACGAAGCCAAAAGAUCUUAGUAAAGGGAAAGGGGGAAAUGCAAACCUAUUGGAUCCGAAAGAGGAAGCUUCUGAAACUAUUUCACAACAGCAUGGACUUGGUGGCUCUCGACGAAACGGUGGAAACCGAAGUGGACAACGGUUAUGAUGAUGACGUUUUCGACCCUGAUAAUAUCGCUGGGAUGACCAAGACAGACCGUCUAGUCGAAUGGAAUGUGGAAUUGCUUGCGUCGCUGCUGCAGCAAAUCAUUGCGUCAAGAGAAGGGUCUGUUGAAAAACAGCUAUCGCAACGAAGUCUACUAAAGGCGGGCAACGUUGAGACUGGACGCACCGUGCUGGACGAGUUUGUGCCCAUCAUUCCGUUGAAGCGAUUCGAUGCGGAUGAGCUCAAGGCGCGACGGAGGCCCAGCUCGAUUGACAUAGGAGAAGAAGCGAAGUCACAGCUUCGGAGCUAUCUCUCCAGUAUUGCUUCCAUGUACAAAGAUAAUCCAUUUCACAACUUUGAGCAUGCUUCGCAUGUUACAGCGUCUGUGAAAAAACUGCUGAAGCGCAUUGUGUCAGUUGAUGAAAACGGAGCAUUUGGCAAACAUGAUCUACCGCCGGAAAAGAGGAUGGAUUUGGUCGAUUUGGCGGGACACUCAUAUGGCAUCACAUCGGACCCAUUGACUCAGUUUGCGGUCGUCUUCUCAGCGAUUGUUCAUGAUGUAGACCAUCCUGGUGUUCCGAAUGCUCAGUUGGUGAAAGAAAGUACUAGAGAUGCAAAAUUCUACAAAAAGUCGGUGGCGGAACAGAACAGCGUGGAUUUGGCUUGGACAAUGCUUAUGCAAGAGGAGUAUCAUGAGCUACGCUCUUGCAUCUAUCAGACAGAAAACGACUUGAAACGAUUCCGCCAACUGGUGGUGAAUACGGUGCUGGCAACUGAUAUUGUUGACAAGGAACUUCAGGCGCUACGCAAGGCGAGAUGGGAAACUGCCUUCUCGGGCACUUCAAACCUCGAACGGGAUGUAGACAGCGAGGAUCGCAAGGCCACUAUUGUUAUUGAGCAUUUGAUCCAGGCAUCAGACGUAGUGCACACAAUGCAGCAUUGGCACAUUUACAAAAGCUGGAACGAAAAGUUCUUUUGCGAGUGCUAUAAAGCCUACAAGUCUGGCCGGGCGGAUGUUGACCCAAGUAUCAACUGGUACAAAGGAGAGAUCGGCUUCUUUGACUUUUAUGUGAUUCCUUUGGCGAAGAAGUUGGAUGACUGCGGCGUUUUUGGGGUAUCAUCGCACGAGUAUUUGAACUAUGCAACGGCGAACCGGGACGAGUGGAUCCGAGACGGUGAAGAGCUUGUGCAGGAUUUUUUGAGAGUCAAGAUUGAUGAACAAAGCGACCAAAUGGCAACGAAGUUUGAAGUUGCACAGUUUCCACUGCUCCUAGAGAAAGUUACAGUAAAACAUAUUUGCCUAUUUUAA